UUUUUUUAGAUUUUAAAAUGCCUAACGAUAUUUAUGAUAAUCCGAGUAUCAUCCAAAAGAUGAACGCUUCGCCUAAAAAAGCCUCACCUAAAGGUCAAUCUGUAGCCAGUCCGGUAGCGUCUGAGUACGUUGUUGGUUUAUUGGAGGAACUGCGUGCUGAGAACGUCAAGUUGAAAGCUGAAAAUGGCGAGCUUAGAAACCGUGUUGCUGUGGUUAUUUUUAAUUCCAAUUUUAGUAAAUAA